AUGGACGGGGCGAGCGAGGCGAUCCCUGCGAGCGAGGGCCGCUCGGCCAAGUCGCUGGAGCUCGUGCUCGCGACAAAUGAGUCGAUUACCAUUGAUCUCGACCCCCUCCCCUCGCCGGAGGAGCUCGAGGUGGUGAUCGAUAUCCUCGUCGAAGAAAAGCCGGCCGCCUACUUUUGGACGGCGCUCGCUUCGCGCUGCUGGAACGCGGGCCGCCGCGCCGAGGCGGAGCUGAUCGUGACGAAGGGAUGCAGUAUCCUGCCGGUGCACCGGCCUGAUGACAGCAUUCCGCUCUUUUCGCUGCACGCCGCGUUCCAGCUGGACGAUGCACGCAAGGCACCGAAGCAGGUCCUGCCGGACGCGCGCUACCAGAUCCUGCAGGACAAGCAGCCGAAGCAGCACUAUUUCCGGAAUACGAUCGAGGCGCUGAACCAGGCGCAGUCGCUCAACCCCCAGCACCCGAUGAUCGUGCAGAGCCGCGCAGUGUUUGCGCUGCUUACCGGCGACAAUGCGCUCGCGGGCAAGCUCUUUGACGUGAUGCUGUCGCGCGAGCCAAUGCACGCGAUUGCCUUGCUCGGCAAGGCGUGCGUCCUGCUGCGCGCCAAGCAGUAUAUGAACGCGCUGCAGACUUACCAGCUCGUGCUCCGCCUCGCACUCAAGAUGGACCAGCUCGCAGCGGCCGCCAACGACUCGAGCCUGCGCUGGACCGGGCCGGACGCGCGCGUAGGUAUCGGCCUGUGCCUCUGGGCGCUCGGCCGCCACGACCCCGCACGCCGCGCUUGGCGCCGCGCGGUCGACGCGAAUCCGGACAACCACGCGCCGCGCCUGUUGCUGGGCCUGUCGCUGGUGAACGCCGCAAAGCAGGUGCAGGCGCUGCCUCACGGAUGGUACGGCGCACAGACGCAGCACUCGGAGGACGUCGCGCGGCGCACCGCGUACGCCGAAGGCAUCGUGCUCCUCCAGAGCGCAUGGCGCCUCGACAAGACAAAUGCAAUGACGGCCGUCGCCCUGAGCGCACACCUUCUCUCGCAGUCUACGCACCAGUUUGCACAGGCGCUCCCGGCCGCGCACGACUUUACCACGGCGCCGCAGCCCGUGCCGGAGGAGCUCGAGGGGCAGAUUAGUGCGACGCUCGACCGUGCCCUCAAGCUCGGCGAGCACGCGAUCCAGUACGCCGACUCCAAGUCGCCUGUGAUCCAGGGCUGGCUGCAGUAUGCCCACGCGUUGCAUCUCGCCUCACAGCUCGCACGCAACAACGGCGACCGCGCCUUGCGCCUCCUGUCGCAGCGCUACUAUGCGCGUGCGAGCGAGGAGCUUGCGCGCUUGCCGCCGGUACCCGGCCUCGCGGAUCCCGACGGGACGCACCACCAGCUGUCGCACGGCCUGGCGCUCGCGACGCUCGGCAUGGCGCAGCUCCAGGCGAGCUCUGGCGACCAGCUCGCGGCGACCAAUACGCUGGAUGCCGUGCUCGCACGCCCGAGCCCCGGCUCGAAUCAGUCGUACGGCAUCGAGCUCGGGCUGCUUGCCGCACUCCUGCUUGCCACGCCGCAGCUCGGUGCGACGCCGGAGCAGGUCCAAGCCGACCGCCGCAAGGCACGCGUCCUGCUCGACCGCACGCUGCGCCUUGCCGAGGCGUCCGGCCGUGCCGCGCAUGGCGCGCGCGACGAGGACGAGCACGACCGUGCGACGCGCCCUGACGAUGCCGAGGCGACGACCGACGGCGCGCUCCUCCAGGCCGAGACAGCGAUCGAGGCUGAGCACCUUGCGCCGCGCACGCUCGAGGCAGUAGCGCAGUUCGACGCCGACCCCCUCGUCCACGCCCAGCUCGCGGCGCUCUGUGCGCCGAACGACGUGGACCGCGCGGUGCGCAACUACGCCCAGGCACUGCGUGUCGCCCAGUCGCAGGACGGCGAAAAGGCGCUGCAGGCGCAGCUCCAGCUGAACAUGGGUGCGCUCCUGGUGCAGCACGGUGCCGCGCUGACGCAGGCGCCGAGCGCGCGCCAGAACACCGCAUGGGCGCUGCGCCAAGGCAUCACGUACCUCGAGCGUGCGUUUACCGUGGCCGGCGAGGCUGCUGCGUCGUCGAGCGACGUCGCGACGGCUGUCAAGGUGCUGGCAAACUACGACCUGGGCCGUGCCUUUGAGGCGUCCGGCGAUAAGGAGCAAGCGCGCGAGGCGUACAAAGCGCUGCUGGCCGCGCACCCCGAGUACGUCGACGCGCGCGUGCGCCUUGCGAUCCUCGCUGCGAACGAGCCACACGGCACGGAGCUGAGCGAGCAAGGCGUAUCGCGUGCGGCGCGCGACGUUGCCAACACGCGCUUCAAAGAGGCGCUCUCGUGCGACCCCGGCAACCUCGAUACGCGCGCGGCGUACAUCCGCUUCCUCGCGGGCGAGUACCCCGCGAACCGGCAGCCGGCGUGGGCGGCGAUCAAGGAGCUGGCCGCGCAGCUCUUCCUCGGCCCCGACGCGGGCAAAAAGAUCUUUGGGAGCCCCAGCGCCGCGCGGCGUGCGGCCGAAGAGGCGCGGCACGACGCAUUUGUGCUCAGCGCCCUCGGCUGGGCCUACUACCAGCUGGGCUUGCACACUGCGCCUGGGCCGUCGUACAAGGCGGACCGUUCCAAGAGCAUGCUGCGUGCGGCCGAUCUCUUUGACAAGGCGCUCGCCGCGCAUCCCCAGUGUGUCUUUGCGGCACAAGGCCUGGCGAUCCUGCUGGCCGACGACGCGCUGAGCGACCCGUCGGCGCCCCCCGAGACCGCCGAGGAGCGCCGCAAGCUCGCGGCGGAAGACGCGAUCAUCCUCUUUGGCAAGCUGCGUGAGCUGCGUGACGAUGCGAGCGUGUACAUCUGCCAGGGCCACGCGUUCAUGAUCCGCAGCGAGCUCGAGCGUGCGCUGCACGUCUACGACCUGGCGCUGACGCGCUACGACAACGAGCGCAACCCGAUGGUGCUGCAGUAUGUGGCGCGGGCCGCGUACGCGCUCGGCCUGCGUGAGAAGGAGUUUGCGCACCUGCAGCUCGCGCAGAAGCACCUCACGACCGCUGCGGAAGCCCUUGCGAGCCGCAGCGCGGACGCCAACAGCGCCGCGGGUGUGGAGCGCAAGCAGGUGCUGUACAACAAGGCGGUCAUGGCGCAAAAGGCGCUGCAGAUGCUGUGUGACCUGCCGAUCGCGCAGCAGCGCUCCGCCGAGCUCCAAGAGGCGAUCGAGUGGGUGACCUCGUCGCAGCCGACGCUCCCCGAGCUCGAGGAGGCGGCGCGCAACAACCAGCUCCUAUACAUCACCGCCGAGGUCGUCGAGCAGCGUGCCAAGUACGCCGAGACGUCGCUCCUGCGCCAGGCGCAGAAGCAGCUCGAAGAGGCGCGUGCGUACGAGGCGCAGCAGGCCGAGCAGCUCCGCCUCCUCGACGAGAAGCAAAAGGCCAAGGACGCGCAGCUCGAGCAGAUGCGCCGCGAGCGCGAGGAAGAGCACCGCCGGCGUGCCGAGGCGAUCGCCGAGUCGCGCCGCCGCGCUCGUGAGGAGGCCGCCCAGAUCGAGUACGUCAAGGAACCUUCGCCCGAGCCCAAGAAGCGCUCUGGCGGCGGCGGCGGCGGCGGGCGCCGCAAGAAGCAGCCCGAGGCGCAAGAGCCGCAGGACCAAUUCGUUGCGAACGACUCCAGCGAUGGUGCGGACGAUCUCUUUGCGGAAGACAGCGAGAGCGAUGCAAGCGACGGCGACCAGGACGAGGACGAGGAGCAGCAGCCCGCCGCGGCGCCCGCCGAGCCGUCCGAGUCGCAACCCGAUGCCGAGGCCUCGACCGAGGCGCCUGCGCCCAAGUCGACGCGCGAAAAGCUCGCCGAGCUCGCGCGGCAGCGCAAGCAGCGCAACAAGGACGAGCGCCAGGACAAAAAGUCCAAGAAGCGCCGCUCGCACGACAAGCCCAAAGACCGCGAGGCGAAGAAGCCCAAGGUCGCCGCCGACAACGACACGAUCGAUUCGGACGAAGAGAUGAAUCUGUAG